UGAUUGGAGCUACAGACAUUUUUGCUGACUGGAGUCAUGCUAUCUUUGCCAGUUUGCUGGAAUAGACACAGACACUGAUUGGGUCAUGCUGAAAACAUUCCUGUCCUAUGAAGCAAGUCUGUUUGUAUUUCAGGUUUGCCAGGACUAAUGAAUUAAAAAUCUUGGGCUCACUACAGUUUUCUGCUAAAUAAUGCCUGUGACAGAAGGAUUUUUUCCUCCCUGAAGUGUGACAGCAUCACAAUCCCUCAUCUCUGGCAAGGAGAGGAAGGAAAAGCAGAAUUGUGGAGAAAAGUGGAAAAGGGUUAUCUUUUGGUACGGCAAAGCCUAUGGGAAGUGCAGGUAGCAGCAUGUUGCCCUGACAGCUGUCUCAGCUUCUCAGACCUUGUCAGUUUGUUGCUAUGCAGCAGGUGCAGCCUUUUCUUUUAUUGAAGCUUUACUCCAUAAAGGCAGCGACAAGCCAAGGCAGUGGCUGGCCCUGGAUUAUACAAGUGCAGACACUCCGCAAAGUGAGGGUUUCAUCACAGUAAAACCACUUUUUGGAAUUGAUGGUCUCCGAAGAAAGACGGAGGACUGAGUAAGGUCCCGACCCAGGAGCCAAAUCCAUGCAGACAGACCCCUACACCUGCAGAGGCUUCCACUGAAGAAUCACCACCAAGCUGGAACAAACAAGUAAAAACAUUGACUCAAGUGCCCACAUGAUCACCACCGCCAGGGUACCUGCUGAUAAGCAAGUACGAAUUGCCUUCAGCCUUAAUGAUUCCCCAGAUGAUGCUUCCCCUGAAAACUUCUCUUUGGCGUUUCCAGAACUAGAUCAGCAGCUGCAGCCUCUGCCUCCUUGUCAUGACUCUAAUGAAUCUAUGCAGGUGUAUAAACAGCACUGCAAAAUAGCAGAAGAGUACCAUGAGGUCAAGAAAGAAAUUGCUCUGCUGGAAGAAAGAAAAAAGGAGCUGAUUGCCAGACUGGAACAAGUGGAAAAAGAAAGCAUGGAUGCUGCUCAGCUGGCUAAGGAGUAUGCAGAACUGACAGAGGAGAACCGAACACUGAAGCUGGCCCAGACGCAGUGCGUGGAACAACUGGAAAAGCUCAGGAUACAGUACCAAAAAAGACAGGGUUCCUCAUAACUCCCAACUAGCUCACUUCAUACAGGAUUGGUCCUGUGCUGGAAAGAUAUUUUAAAAUAAAAAUCUGUUUAAUAUGUUGCAACACUUUACUACAGAUACAGAGUAUGUAGAAGUCUAUAUUUGAUUUAAUGCUUGCCUCCCAGUAGCUUAAUAUAAUGGAUAUUUCAUCUGUUAUAUAAUGGAUGUUUUAUUUCAAGUAACAUAAUUGAAGUUUAUCUAUACCCAUUAUAUGUUCUAGUGCAUCAGGUUUCUUUUCUAAACUUAUUUCUUCCAAUUUAAGAAGAUAUGGACACACUAGAAAAUUAUAUAAAUAGUCUCUGUGUUGGAAAUUUGGAUCAUACUGAGGCAUACGGCAGGGACAAUGUUAAUAUAUCAAAUAAAUGUAUGUUAAUUUUAGUUUGGUGAAUUCUUUUUAAAUUAUUUUCCUCCUGCCUAAAGUGUUUGGAAGUUACCUUGACGCAGAUCUCCUCACUAGUAAAAACUAUACUUCAUGUCAUCUUCACACUGUUGUACAAAAUUUGAAAAACUGCACAUUAAAAAUUGAAGUAACAAAAUCUUUUUUUACCAAAAAGUGCUCUGCCAAUGAUAAUUUGCAAGUUACAAAAUUAAAAGGAAACCAAUGAAAUCAAACUUUCCUUCCUCAAGUGUAAAGAUUACUUGAGUGUCUUUUUAUUGUACAUUUUGGCAUGCAAGAAAUGAAAAAUUAAUGUAAGAAUCAUAGUUUCAUCAUAGUUUCAACCAAGACUAUGUCAGUAAAAUUA